UUCACUUGAGAAAAAAACACACUUGGAAUUAUUCCACUUUCCAUUUUCAUUUUUCCAUAUGCUUCUGUCCUUCUCACUGAUUUAGAAAACAAGGGGAGAGGGAAAAAAAUCGUUGUUCUAGUCAUGGAUUUCUCAAAGAAUAUUGAAAACCAACAAAAAACUGUCAUGGGUUACCCUUCGAUGGCUAGACACAACGAAAUUUCUCAUAAACAAGCUGCAAUAUUCCCUUCAACAUAUGAUAAUAAUAGUAUUAAUGUUCUUCAUCCUCCUAGUUAUAUAAUGCCAGCUCAAGGAUAUCCUAGUAAUUAUAACCCUAAUUCAUACCCUUUAGGCGCCGAUGCUGCAUACUAUGUGAAUUAUUCCCAAAAAUACACGCCGUUGCAAGAAGAAAACAAUAGUAGGGCAUCAUUUGGUCGUUAUAUGACUAGCAUGAUGCUAAUCUUGAUUAUUGGAAUGAUCAUGUUUAGUUUAGUCAUUUGGCUUUUAUUUGGCACGGAGAAGCCUGAAUUUCAUCUAGUAUCGAUGGAAGUUCCUAGUCUUAUGAUUACUAGCACCUCAAUAUUAGGUAAUUGGCAGGUCAAUGUGUCCAUGAAAAAUUCGAAUAAAGACUUAGAUAUUAAAUUGAAUACUGGAAAUACUGCCAUUAUAUACAAGACGAAUGUUUUGGCUGAGACAGCUGUUGAUCCUUUCAAAUUGGCGUCACAAAGUUCGGCUAUAUUGUUUUCAAAUUUGACAACGUCAGCUGGAACUUUCUUGGAUAAAGGAAUUUUAGCAGAAGCUACGGGGGAGAGAAAUAAUGGAGUUUUGAAAUUUACACUGCAGAUUUAUUUAGGGAUUCAAUAUACUUCAAACACUGAAUCGAAAACUGAGAGACUGCGAAUUUAUUGCAAUGAUGUGAAAGUUCAGUUUGGGCAUGGACCUCAAGAUAAAGGGGAGUUGACCAAAGCUGAUCCUAUUGAUUGUCUCAUUAACACAUAAACAAUUUUCGUACAUUCACUUUAGGGGAAUGGAGUUGCGUUUCUGGCAGCUCAAGGAAAUAGGCUGCACCAUUUGGAUUUUCAGAACAGGCUGAUGCUUGAAGUGGACUGAUGCUGGUGUUAACAUCAGUAUUUUUUUUUCGUUUUUUUUGUUUUUUCUUGUGUGCGUAUAGUAACCUCAUGUUAAAUAUUGGUUCCUAUUCGGGAUAAAUGUAAGUAUAGUGAUUAUAGGCAGGUGUGAGAGAGUGUUAGUAUUUGAUCCCACCUGCUUUCUCCCGUGGUAGAUCGGCACAACUCACUAGACGUUUGUAUAUGAGUAAUUUGAUUUAUAAAAAUUUUCUGUAGUAGAGUGUA